AUGAUGAUCUCCGAGAAAGAGUUCUUGGCUCGCCUCCCUCGGUCUGUCAGCCACUGGCUUGGCUAUCGUGAAAAUGCACCAAAGCCUCCCGCAAAACAUCUCGUUCACUUCUGGUCAUUCAUAGCCGCAUUCUGUGGCCUAUGUGUGAUACAGGGCAUAUUCAAUUACUCCUCUUACUUCAUUGAACGUGGCGUGCCAGGUAUUAUUGCCUCAUUUGGAGCAUCGGCUGUCCUCGUAUAUGGUGCUGUAGAAAGCCCUCUAGCACAGCCACGCGCACUGAUCUGUGGUCAUUUUCUGAGCGCUCUGAUCGGCAUCUGCAUUACGAAACUCUUCAGCCUAAUGCCCAACGAAGAAAAGUUCAACUCGCUACGUUGGCUCGCCGCUUCACUUUCGUCCGCUGUCGCCAUUGUUGUUAUGCAGGUCACUGAGACAACGCAUCCGCCCGCUGGUGCUACGGCUCUUCUUCCGGCAGUGGACGAAGUUGUGUGGGCACUAUCUUGGUACUAUCUUCCAGUUGUCCUACUUUCAUCAGCUAUGAUUCUUAUUGUGGCCCUGAUCUUGAACAACAUCCAACGCCGAUAUCCCGUUUUCUGGAUCAGUCCGCCCGCUGCCAAGCCUGUUCUUCCACAGACUAGCAACUCGAAAUAG